UUACGGCUUUGUGUACUGUGUGCGCUUUGCCCUUGAUAUCUGCUCACCAGGUAUUCCAACCCUUUCGAUUGUACGCAAGCAGAUUCCUGGAAUACAGCGCAACGAUGGCGAAAAUCAAGAAGAAGGGCACGUCCGGUGCGGCGAAGAACUACAUCACUCGCACGCAAGCCGUCAAAAAGCUGCAGCUCUCUCUCUCCGACUUUCGACGUCUCUGCAUCCUUAAGGGCAUCUUCCCCCGGCAGCCACGCCACGUGAAGCGGGCCAACAAAGGGAACAAUGCUCCAGCUUCGUUCUACUAUGCAAAAGACAUUCAAUUCCUCCAGCACGAGCCUGUACUCCAGACCCUGCGCCAGCACAAGGCAUUCGCGAAAAAGCUGAGCAAAGCGAUCGGCAAGCAGGAGUGGUCGCUCGCCAAGAGCUUGCAGGAGAACCAUCAACCAGUCGUGCGACUGGACCACAUCAUCAAACAGCGCUACCCGACAUUUACAGACUCGCUGCGAGACGUCGACGAUGCACUCUGCUUGCUCAACCUCUUCGCUCACUUGCCCGUUAACAACGGCGACCGCGGCAAGAGCCUCGUCAAUCACAAAGUCAUCGCCAAUUGUGCCACGCUUUGCGCGCAGUGGCAAGUCUACCUUAUGCGCACGCGCUCUCUGCGCAAGAUCUUCCUUAGCAUCAAGGGAGUCUAUUUCCAAGCCGAGAUCCGUGGCCAGCAGAUCACUUGGCUCGUACCGUACCUCUUCACGCAGCACAUCCCCGACGAUGUCGACUUCAGGAUCAUGCUCACCUUCCUCGAACUCUACCAGACGCUCAUCGGAUUCGUGAUGUACAAGCUCUACACUGACGAUAAUCUUGUCUACCCGCCGCACCUGGACGUGGAGAAGGACGAUGCCGGCGCGGGUGUCGGGGCCAUCACGCUAAGCGAGAAGAGCGCGGACGUGCUGGCAGGCAGGAACGAGACGGCCGCCGAAAGCAGCGAGGCGGAGAUGCAGGAGCAGAAGCAGACUGAAGCCGCAACUGCCGCGGUAAACGGGAGAAAAGUUUCGGCAAAGGACGUCAAGAAGCAGAUUAAGGCUAUCACGCGGAGCGGUGGUGCGGGAGUGCAGGAGGACAAUGAGAUGGUGGAUAACGCGGCGGCGACAGUGGAUGGGACAGCGAGUGGGAACGCAGCAGACUCGGACAAAUUCCAGCAAGCAUCAUCGAGCAAGGUCUCAACAGCAGAGGACGCGUCGUCAGCACCCCUGAUGACACUUGCCGAGCUUGAAUCGUCUUCUUCCUCAACCUCCUCCUCUUUCAACAUCUUUGCUCCGUACUACUUUUUUAUCUCGCGCGAGUGCCCACGGGCGCUGCUUGAGUUUGUCUUGCGAUGCUUUGGCGCGUCGUCCGAGCGCAUCGGCUGGGACCUCGUCGCGGGUACCGGCUUUGCACUCUCCGAGGACGACCCGCGCAUUACGCACCACUUCGUCGACCGGCCCGUUCCCGUCGGUGCAGAGGGCAAAUCCAUGUACGACGGCUCGCGGCACCCGGGCUCCAAGAGGGUGUAUGUGCAGCCCCAGUGGCUGAUCGACAGCGCAAACGCACGCAAGCUCCUGCCGACCGAGCCGUAUGCGCCAGGCAAGACGCUGCCACCGCAUCUGAGUCCAUUCGUCGAUGAAGAAGCGGUCAGGAGGAAAGGUGGGUAUGUGCCCGAAGCUGCGCAAGUCAGCGGGUCGAAGGAUGCAUCGGCAAACGACAGUGCAGUUGAAAAUAGCUCUGACGAAGAGGGAGAUAACGAAGAACAAAGUGCCGAUGUUGCGGACGUGGCACAGGAUGCCGCUCGACCGGCACUCGCUGCGCUACUGCAAGAUCCAAAGGACGGCAUGCUUCUCGAGUCCGCCGAGCUCGAAGCUGAAGCGGCUGGUGGGGAGGAGGAAGUGGAGCGCGUUCGACGGCUGCAAGCAGCUGCGUGCAAGUCCUCCAAGACAUCCUCGGCGAUCAAGACAGCAGCAUCGACGGGUGAUGUGGAAGCGCAGGAGGAGAAGGAAGCAAAGGAGAUGGCGCGUAUGCUCAUGUCGAACCGCCAGCGCAAGUUGUACAACAAGGUCAGCUACAGCCAGGGCAAGAAGGGCGAGGAGAAGAGGCGGCUCGAGGAGAAGAAGGCCAAGAUCGUCAAGGAUGAAAAGAAGGCGAGAAAGGCCGGAAAAGGCAAGUGAUCGUUGACGCUCGCAGGUGUGCAGCGGAGACGUCGCGCAUGGCAACAUUGUAUGAUAGGAGUGACAUUUAAUUGCAGUUCUUUGC